AUGAUAUGGCCGAAAUCGGGGUUUCAAAAUGUGCAGGUGCUAGCUUGGACGGGUGUUGCCCUUCAAGCCAUACUCGGGACUCUGUACUUCACCAAGUGCGCCCUGUACCCAAAGAAGGUGAGGAAGGAGUGGUGCCACCCCAUCAAGCACAACCUGUUUGCGGUCCCUUUCAUCAGCUUCAUCAUCAUGUCCUUCCUGGCCACCAGAUGGUCCAGCGUCAGCGGAGACCUGGCCCGGGCGUUAUUUUGGAUCGGCAGCGCUCCUCUCAACGCUCUUGCUCUUUACACCGUCGCCAGCUGGAUCGCCAUCCGCCGCGACCAAGAGUUCGUCAACCCCACGUGGAUCCUUAUGCCCGUGGGAAACCUGGUGGGAGCCAUGGCCGCCAGGGUAGUUGACGGGGACUACGUGGAGUGGGGCUGGUACCUGUUUGGGGUUGGCGCCUUGCUGUGGCUCGCGCUGUGGCCAAUUACCUUCUUCAUGUCUAUCGACAACCACCACAGCGAUCCCAACCGCCGCAACUUCUACGGUAUUUGGGUGGCACCUCCGGCAGUUGCGAUGAUGGCCUAUUCUAACCUUAGCGGUCUCAGCUCCAUCGACAACGUACAGCGCAUCUUGUUCUACGCUUCACUUUCGAUGGCCAUUGUCCUGGCAAUGUCCACGUGGCCUUUGAACUUCUUCGUGGGGGGAAAGUUCGACAUGUCCUUGUUCGCCUUCGCCUUCCCCCUCGACGUGCUCGCCUCCGCCGCCAUUACCGUGUACGGCUAUACCCAGACCGACACCAUGCAGGCAAGGAUAGGAAAAUACCUCCCGCAGGGACUCUGGGUCAUCAGCAUCGUGGCGAUUACAGUUGCCUCCAUGGUCAACGCCGUGAACGUGCUCCUGCUGCUGGGGGCGGUUAAGGGCAAACACGUCUUUACGCCGGAGGCUAAGUUUUCUCCGAUGUCCUUCACGAAGCUCACGCACGAGGCGUUCCGCGAAGCUCUGCCGAGGUUGGAAAAGCUGGCGGCCCAGGUCAAACCGGGCGCGGCGGGCGCCUCUAAGCUCAGGGAGGUUGCCUCCGCUUGGGAGGCCAUAUCGAAAGCCCACGACGUCCACUCCAGGCACGAGGACGAGGUCAUCUUCCCGACCCUCGAGACGUACUUCCCCGGCCAGGUGGGUGAGACCAGCACCGUCGGUGACGACCACAAGGAACACGAGGAGCUGAUCCACGCUGUAGAGUCGGGUUUGAACUCUCUGCUCGGCAGUGACGGCCUGGGGAAGAAGAAUGAAGCAAUAUCUGCCAACCUCCUGGACAAGCUGAAGGCCAACAUCAGGAAAUUCGGAAAGGAAGUGCGCGAACACAUGGACAACGAGGAGCACUUUUACUCCACUCCCGUGACCCGCAAGGAUCUGGCCCGCAGGAGCUGGGAUGUCACCCCCAACCCGGAGAUGUCGGAGUUCCUGCGCUGGGUUAUGUCCUCGCUACGAAUUCGGGGCCAGAGGACAAAGUUCCUGAAAACCUGGGUUUGGGCAAUGCCGGAACGCGCUCAGCUCGUGGGUUUGAUGGUGUAUCGCGUCGUGGAUGACGUCACGUGGGUUCAGCUGGCCUACGAUUUGCCCGAAAUCGUGCCACGCGGCCUGCCCGGGUACAGCCGCAGCUUCUAAGUGGCGGUGUUGGCGAUAGC